AUGAUAAAUAUACUUAAUAUAAGUGUAUUAUGUUCUCGUGUAUUUCGUUCAUCAUCAUGUACAUAUUAUUUCUUAGCUUAUUCUAUAUUUAGUAUAAUCUAUAGUUGUUUAGCAUGUUUAACACAAUUUUUACGUGGUUUUUCUAUUGAUUGGGCAAAGAAUCGAAUUGGAUGUAAAUUACAUUUUUAUCUUUUAUUUGUCGUUCCAUUUCAAGCUAAUCUAAUGCUUAGUUUAGCAUCUAUUGAUCGAUAUUAUUCUAGUUUAAAAUCACAUAGAUUACAUUCAAAAAAAAAAUACAAACAUCAAGAAUAA